AUGUUUUCAUUUUACGACAGCUCGAAAUCAUCCACUUACAGACCAAACGGUUCCAUUUUUAAUGUCCAUUAUUUAGACAGUGAUUACUCUGGAUUUUGGAGUGUGGAUACUAUACGAAUAAACUCGUUGGAGAUUCGGAAUCAAGCGUUUGCUGAAGUGAGGAGUAUAUUUAAUCUCGAUUACUUAUCUGAUAAAUAUGAUGGAAUAAUUGGCAUGUCGACUAGACGGUUGUCGAAAUAUGGGAAUAUCCCAGUAUUCCCAAAUAUACUUCAGACUUUCCCGAAUAUGGACCCAAUAUUUUCAUUUUAUUUAAGUCAGGAAAAUGGGACUUCGAUCGGUGGUGAAAUGGUACUUGGUGGUGUUAAUCCUGAAUAUUUUGAGGGAGAUUUGGAAUAUAUGCCGACCGUAAACAACAAUAUAUGGACAGUUAGAAUGUCAAGCUUGAUGAUAAAUGAUAUUGAGUUUUGCAAUGGAUGCACUGCUUUUAUUGAUACUGGGACAUCAACGAUUAUUGGUGGAAGAGAGCAAGUGACGAGAAUCAACACAAUGCUUGGUAUUUCCUUUCAAUUCGGUAGAAGUUUCCUUGAUUGUAAACGAAUCGACAUGCUGCCUCCGAUCGAGUUUAUCUUUCGUAAAAAGAAGUACAUAUUGGAACCACAUGAUUAUGUUAUUAAGGUGAAUGACUUCUUUAGAUCAGUUUAG